AUGAUCAAUGACCAACAGAAAGUCACAGAAACCUGGAAGCAUUAUUUUCCGACCCUACUUGGAACACAAGUAGACGUGGAAGAUGAAAUUGGUAUGAACUACGUAGAAGAGAAUGAAGUAGAUAAUGGAGUAGAAGCUCCAAGCAGAGGUCACUCACCAAAAAAUAGCAGAGGAAAAUGUAAAUGUAUAAAACUUUCGGUUGAUUUAGAGCUAUAUGGAUUAAUUACAUUGCAGAUUCAAAAAUAUAAUGAGCAGAAGGUUUUGGACCAGUUGAAGAGAGACCAAACUGCGGACAAAAAAGACAUACUUGCAACAGGUGGUGGCACAUUUAUUCCUCGUCUCACAUAUGUAGGGGCACAAAUGUUGAGUUUGAUUGGCAAUCAAAUCCAACCUUUACCCAACAGUUGUGACAGUGCAUCUGGUUUCUUCACAUCUGAUGAGUCCUUAUUUUAUUAA